GAGAGCGCCAGGACCACCUCACCUCACCUCACGACUCAAACAACCCACUCGUGGAUUGCGGCUUGCGACGUGCGCACGCAACACCACAGACAGAGUGGGAGGCGUAAUGAGUGUACUCCGUAUGGAGUGAGAGUUGAGGAAUGGACACUGGCGUCGAAGUGAGUUGAGUUGAGCGGUCUCACUCUCAUGCUCACUCUCACUCACACCACACACACGCUCUCUCUCUCUCUUUCCCCUACUCCCUCUGGCUUGCUUGGUGGAGAUGGUAUAGAGUGAUGGGAAUUGUGUUUUGUGUGUGUGCGUGGGUUGCUUGAUGAUUGAUUGAUCGACUGGGGGUCAUGGGGAACGGACCGGGACAGGCACACAGGGCCAAACAUGAGAAAGAACAUGACACUCACUUGUCUGCGAGGGAUCCAUUGCUACCGGUGUUGCCAUUGCCAUUACCCUCCGUCUUGAGGCGCAUGGACGACUUGCGCGAUGCUGGUAUGGGAUUGCUGGAAGGUCUCACGGUGGCCGAUGAUCGGGUGCUGUCGGUACUGGUGCUCGUGAGAGAGCUGAAGCGGGAGCCGGCCUCAUUCCUCGUCAUUGUCGCCAGGCCGUCGCGAGAGGGCGUAGAGCCAUGUCAUUCCCAAGAAACAAGGUUGAGAAAAACAGAGGGGACCGGCGCAGCACGGUGCGCUAUCGCGGUUCGCGGUGGGCGCAGUGCUUCGUACUCGUACGUAUCCGUAAUUCCGAAUUAUGAAAUGGACGAAAGCGUGAGCUGUGGGCACAGGGACGGGAUCCGUAAGUUGGGCCUAGCGGGCACGCGGGUAAUCGACGACGAGGGUGGAGUGGGCAGUAAUCGUAAUUGAUAUUUGCGGGUGUGCUGUCUCCGUACGAUAAGGUAAGGUACUCGGCAAGACAAUGUGGUGUAGGUGAGGUGUGGAACAGCGGCGGCGAUUGCGUUUGCGACUUUGCGCACUUUCAGGUUUCGAUGAAGAAAGUAAGCAAGCGAUCCGGUGAGAAGCGGGGGCUGGCGUCGAGG